AUGUUUCUCGAUUUCCGAUCUGCUCUUCACUGUCCUACUCAUGGAAAGCGGUUCGAGAAUUCUCUCACGCACAAAAUCCGCGAAUCGUUGACCGCUCACUUUCUGGACAACAAGAGCAACGAGCCCUACCAUGAAGUUGUUAACGGUACUGGCGAGCCCAUCGACGAGCGCUAUCCCUGGCAUCCAUAUAGCGGGAGCGCCGGCUAUUCCGGUGGUGCUGGCGAGGGUCUCCCCAAAUAG